CUGUUAUUGCGUUGUCGUUCUAUUUGUCCGCGCUCUCCCGCCGUACCGUCCUCGUAUCUGAUUGGUCGAGGAAGUGCAGUCCGUCUUCUCGCUUCAUUCGCAAUUUCGCAUCGGUCUGACACCGUUCAAAAGCUUCCUAACCCAGGAUGAGUCUCAGAAAGCAGACGCCCAGUGACUUCUUGAAGCAGAUCAUUGGGAGGCCGGUGGUGGUCAAGCUGAACUCCGGUGUCGAUUACCGAGGUGUCCUGGCCUGCCUGGAUGGUUACAUGAACAUCGCCAUAGAGCAGACGGAGGAGUAUGUCAACGGGCAGCUCAAGAACAAAUAUGGGGACGCCUUUCUAAGAGGAAACAAUGUUCUUUACAUCAGCACACAGAAGAGGAAAGUUUAGUUUUUUGUUUUUUUUUGCCACUUUGGUUCAUUUUUUUGCUGAUGUUAAUUUGUGUUAUGAUAACCUGAAUACUGAAGAAGGUUUUGUAAAUGUUGACUUGAUAAUAAAUAGUGAGUUUUGAGUUACAGCUCCA